AUGUCUCUAACAACCAGCAGCGUUCUCCACGCUUGUGUAAAGGCUUCUAUGUUGCAAUUGGCAAUAUAUGGCUUGUUCCCGGGUUACUACAGUCGUAAACGUGCGAAAUUUUUGUUAAGUAUACCGUUGGGCAUUUACUGUCUUGUUGUCGCCACGCUCUUCGCUGUAUUCUACGUGCAGCUCAUGUGGACAGACUAUAUAAAUGAUGAUAUUAGUCAGCGCGAUGUUAUUAAGAUUUAUUGCUAUAUGAAUGUGUGCCUGUGCUUGAUAAACUAUAUCACCCAAUGGUUAGCCAUGGCGGCCACGCUGCGUUACCAAAAUAAUUUGCCUUUAUUGAGCACCUUGAAUGGACUUGACAUUACACUCGACUCCAUAAAGCACGCACUCUUGUUGGAAGUUUUUAAAUUGUUUGGUUUUCCAUUGAUCAUGCUGCUAACAUUAAUAAUUUAUGACUGGCUGCAGUUUUCCAAGCUCAGCUGGAUGAAUACAUUUGGCACCAUGUUGCCAAUUUAUCUGGGUAAUCAAGUGAACAACUGUUUCUUUGGCAGCAUCAUGCUGACCACAGGAAUCUUAAGACAAAUUAAUGUUUUGCUGCGCGAUAUUCAAUUGGAAGUAAAUAGAUUACAAACACCAUUGGAGCUCCAGCUGCAGAAACCUUAUUAUCGCAUGCAACGUUUCUGCGAACUGGCCGACCGAUUGGACGAGCUCGCUAUCAAAUUUACACACACCACAACUAACUCCAUGUCUUAUUUGAAACUAACGGGUGUUUCGCUGGUCAUUUCACUGGCUCUCAAUUUGGUUAUCACCACACUUGGCUUCUAUACGCAAUAUCAGGCAGCAGCGGAUUAUAUAUUUACUGAAAACAUCUACGACAUUACCCAACCCGCUGUACACUUUGUGUUUCUAGUGGUAGCUCUUUCCGAAUUCUAUUUCCUGUCGCGUCUCAGUCAACAGGCGCUAGACGAGGCGAAUGAAACGGGUUGCCUGCUGCAGCAAAUCAGUUUGCAGCACUCUGUGGUGGAUGUGCGCUUCAAGCAAGAGGUUGACGCCUUUUGGUUGCAAGUCCGCACGAUUCAAUACAACCUGAAGCCGCUGCAAUUUCUGGAGCUGGACGGCACACUGGUCAGCAAGAUUUUUGCAACAGUCGCUGGUUUCUUAUUGUUUCUGAUACAAAACGACCUAACGCUCAGAUUCUCGCUGAAGUAA